AGAAUGUAGAAUGAGUACAACUUUAUAACUCAUUUCAAUUCAACUCAACACUUGUUCAAUUUCGAGCUGCAUUAACAAAUUAAAAUAAAUUUAAAUAUUAGUACUGUACAAUUAAACAAAUUGCAACUGUGAUCAAUCCAAAAGGAAAUUGUAAGAAAGUACACUGAAGAGCGAAUAGCCAAAAUAUUACAGGAAAUUUUCGCAAGAGGUAGGCAGAAAACUUGAAGCCGAAACGACAGCAUUGUAGCCAAAAGACGACGACGACGGUGUAGAAGAAGACGUUAACGAAGAAACGAGGGAACCGGAGAAACACCAAGAAAACGUUGGUGGAAAUAAUUUGAUCAACAAAAGAUAUCGCAAAUUUGUAUCCAUUUUCUGUUGACCCAACAGAAAGAGUGACUUAGACCUAAUGUAAAUUCGAGUAGAUAUCAACAGUAUAAUCCAACAACACCACGCGCUAAACUAUAAAAUAUAAAAGCUGAAGCAAUAUUCCUGUGCAUUACAAAACCAAUAAACUAAUCACGCCAGCUCGCUCAUCUAAAAGAGGCACAACCUGCUCAAACCCAUAAUUGAAAUCGUCUACAUCUGCUAUAAACACCGCCGGUGAUAUUUAACGUUAUCAUCGAAUCACAAAAUCAUAGUUUAAACAUCGCACGCAUAUUCCCCCUCCCCUAUUUCUUGUAUUAACUGCUAAACGCCUAAUUUCUUUGGCGCUGGUAGCAUUUAUUGAGUAAUUGAACAGCGCAAAUCCCGUAAAUUGCAAGACAGCGAAAAAUAAAAAGUAAAACGCAAUGGUAAUGGAUGCAACUCAACCUCAGCAGCCAUCUCCACAAUCUGUUGGCCGCGAAUUUGUGCGCCAAUACUAUACUCUACUGAAUCGUGCACCAAAUCAUUUACAUCGUUUUUAUAACAACCAUUCAUCGUUUAUACACGGCGAAUCAACUUUGGUGGUGGGCCAGCGUAAUAUUCACAAUCGCAUUCAGCAAUUAAACUUUCAUGAUUGCCAUGCCAAGAUAAGUCAGGUGGAUGCUCAGGCAACGUUAGGUAAUGGUGUUGUUGUUCAAGUGACAGGCGAAUUGUCGAAUGAUGGCCAACCGAUGCGUCGCUUUACGCAGACAUUUGUGUUGGCUUCGCAAUCGCCGAAGAAGUACUACGUUCACAACGACAUCUUCCGUUAUCAGGAUCUAUAUUCGGAUGAGGAUAAUGAUGGAGAAGCACGUUCGGAGAACGACGAGGAACAUGAUCAGCAGCAGCAACCGGCUGUGGUUUCCGCUUCUACCGCUGCAAGUGAGCAACAAGUCGGAAUACAGGUGGGUGCUGGUACAGGGGCUGUAACUAUCGAACCGCAGCAACAGCAACCAUCUCAAGCGCAAGUUGUGUCUACAGGUUCAGGUGUGUUGCCCCAGCAGCAACCAGGCGCACAGGCUGCAGGUGGUUCACCACAACAACAAACAAUUUAUUAUUCGGUGCCGACUGCCGGAGGUCGUCCCGUGCCUUUAUUGGCAGCCGCAGCCGCAGCCCCACCACAAGGAGCCGCCACCGUGCCAUUGGCUGCACAAUUCCCAGCUGCCGCAUCCACGACCAGUAUACCACCACAACAAGUUCAGCUAAAUGGUGUUAGCCAUGAGGAUCUAUUGUCUGCCGCGAAUCAACAGCAGCAGCAGUCAGGAGCCGGACAACAACAACAACUGAUCGCACCGGCUUCUUCCCCUGUAGUCCAGCAGUCUGCGGGAAGUGGUGUUAACAUAGCCACCCCAGUGAUUGGCGCUCAAGCUGGUCCUGCUGUCGGUGUCGCUACUGUGCCCGUUGCCACAUCAGCUGCUGUUCCCCAAAGUGCAGCUGCAAAUUUACCCGGCUUCCAACAAUCUCUGCUGCAGCCGCAUGUUUUACAACAACCAAUGCCGCAACCAUUACUAACACAGACACAGGUGUCGCAACAAUCUGCUACAGUAGAUUUGGAAGAGGGUGUCAUUAACCCUAAUUUGACCAGCGUUGCGGAAUCGGUAACUCGCACGGGCUCGGCUGGUAUAUUAGCAGCAGCUGCAGAUAACUCUAACGUCACUGAGGACUUUAAGACAAUUAACGAACAGCAGCAGCAAGAGAAAUAUGAGGCCACUAAACAGCAACAGCAACUACAAAAUGAGCCAAAGACGUAUGCGAACCUAUUUAAAUCGACUUCUUCUUCGCCCAGUGGUUUUGUCACUGCAGCCAUGCAACAGCAACAACAGCAGCAACCAAACAAUAACGCCUUUCAGUCCGCGACCACGAUUUCCACUACUACGUAUUCACAGUCCAACUCAAAUACGACUUCAUCGCUUUCGGGAUAUAACAAUCGUAGUAGUGACUCUUCCUCGUUGCGCAUCGACAAUAACACUGCAGGUUCGGUUACACAAGGUGGUCCAUUACCCCAGCGCACUAAUACAUCCCGCAUCAAUAAAGACUAUGAGCCGCGUCGCACCAGCAAUGCCCAGCAACCUGACAACCAACAGCUGUUCCUUGGUAAUAUACCCCACCACGCUUCAGAGGAGGAGUUAAAGGCUUUGUUUAGUCGCUUUGGUCAAGUGCUUGAACUGCGAGUCAUGUCCAAGGCGAAUGGCAAGUUGCCACCCGGCGUGAGAAAUCCACAAAAUUUUGGCUUCAUUACUUUUGAAGAUCCAGAAUCUGCUCACAAUUGUUUAGCCCAUUGCCCCCUAUACUUUCCUGAAAACUCUCCGGAUGGACAAAAACUUAAUAUAGAAGAGAAAAAAUCACGUAUGCAACGUCAAAACAACGAGAUGCCACCACGGCAGUCGAUGGGUGGUAGCAGUAUUGGAGGAAACAUAAACAAUUCGCAACGCAACAUGAGUGGUGGUCCUCCAACCCGAUCGCUAUCCAAUUCAGCUGGUGGUGGAACAAGUGGUAUGAUGCGUAGCACUGGUAGCAGUGGUGCUAAUAGUAACAGUAUGUCGCGGGGUCAAUCCAGCGGUGGAGGUCCACGCCUCGGUGGCGGCUUCAGUCGCAGUGAGAAUCGGAGUGGUCCAACGAAUGGUGGUGGCUCACAAGUGCGCGGUGGCAAUCAAAACAGCGCACAAUCAUCUGGAGGCGGCGGCAGCAGCAACUACAGCACACGUCGCUAACCAUUAAUAUUCUUUUAUCACCCACAGCAGUCUUCGCGGUAUAACACAGUAACGGCUGCAGUUGCGACAACACCAACAACAACAACAACACCACCAGUACAGAAACAACAGCAGUAAUCUGGUUUGCGCGAUGAUUAAAGGAAGCAGUAAAUUUUUAUAAUUUUUGUAUUAGUAGAAAUGUUUGAAUUUGCUUGCGAAGUACCCGUAACGGAAAGCAGGAAAUCAAACCAAGCCCAAAUCUGAAAACCUCGACAAAAACAAGCAAAUGGACACAUGACACUACUGCUAUUUAUAUGCAAAACUUAAAUUAUUAUUGUUUGUUGAUUUUGUCGUUUUCUGAAAAACUCUUUCCUUAUACCAAUUUAUCUCUCAAUUUUUUUUACUCAUCAGUUUUCUCACAUGACCAUAGAACAUUUUCUCUUGUAAUACAUAGCUCACAAAAUUUAGUUUAUUGAUUUAUAUAUUGAAGUAAAUUUUUAUUUUUUAAUUUAUACUAACUAAAGAACAGCAAAACAAAACAUUCUCUCUCUCACAAAUAAAUAAAAACUUCAUUAUCAUGUGUGUAUUUUAGUUUUGAUAUUUUAAUUAUAUAAUAAAAAAAAAAGUCCCAAUCAUAGGGAUAAACAAAUCGUAGA